AUGUUCCUGAGCCCCGGCGAGGGGCCGGCGGCGGAGGGUGGGGGGCCGGGCCCGGGCGAGGAGGCCCCCAAGAAGAAGCACCGGAGGAACCGCACGACCUUCACCACGUACCAGCUGCACCAGCUGGAGAGGGCCUUCGAGGCCUCCCACUACCCAGACGUUUACAGCCGCGAGGAGCUGGCGGCCAAGGUGCACCUGCCCGAGGUGCGCGUGCAGGUGUGGUUCCAGAACCGCCGGGCUAAGUGGCGCCGCCAGGAGCGUCUGGAGUCAGGCUCCGGGGCUGUGGCAGCCCCAAGGCUCCCUGAGGCCCCAGGACUGCCGUUUGCCCGCCCCCCAGCCAUGCCACUGCCCCUUGAGCCCUGGCUGGGCCCCGGGCCCCCGGCCGUGCCAGGCCUCCCGCGCCUCCUGGGCCCGGGCCCAGGGCUGCAGUCACCCUUUGGGCCCCAUGCCUUUGGUCCAGCCUUCACGGAGGGCUUCCCCCUGGAGGAGGCAUCCUUGCGGCUGCUGGCCAAGGAGCACGCACAGGUUCUGGACAGGGCUUGGCCCCCAGCCUGAGUGGGGCCCACCCAGCCCUCUCUUCUCCGCCUGUCCGUGGCCACCCAUGCUGGAGCCCCCACCCC